UUUUGCAUAACCAUUAUGUUGUCUCCCCGGCCCCUGAACUAUCUUCAAAACACUCUUGGGGAAUGGACGUGGGGUUCUCAAAGCUGCAGUGGCAGGAGGUGGGGGGGGUGCGGGAGGCCUUUCUGGGCGCCUGUUGCUCCCCUCCCUCCUUGUUCGGUGGGGGCGGGGGGCGGGGCCACCGGGACUACUGGGGCACUGGGCUGCCGGAGGCGGGGUGAAGGUCAGUGCGCGGUUUCGGCGCCUCCAGCUGCAGGCUCUGCGGGGCAGCGCAGCGCUCGCCAUUGGCCGGGCGCAGGGCUCCAAGGCGGUCGAGUGGGGCUCCCGAGUGCGGGCGCAAGGGGACCAGCUGGGCUCGCACCAUGCCCUACCUGCUCAUCAGCACCCAGAUCCGCAUGGGAGGAAGUCCACCUCCAUGGGGCUGCCAGUCAAGCAGCCUCAUGGCUUCUCUUCCAGGAGGUGGGCCCCACCUUGGUGGGUGACGAGCACUCCGAUCCAGAGCUGAUGCGCCACCUGGGGGCCUCCAAGAGAAGUGUCCUGGGCAACAACUUUAUUGAGUACUAUGUCAAUGACCCUCCACGCGUGGUGCUGGACAAGCUGGAGCGCAGAGGCUUCCGUGUGCUGAGCAUGACCGGGGUGGGCCAGACACUGGUGUGGUGCCUGCACAAGGAGUGAUCCAGAGGCGGCUGCA